UUCGUUAGUUUCACAGAAGGGUUUAAGCUGAGCUGGCUGUUGGGCUUGUUAGGUUUAAGCUACUCCUGACGACGGUUCGCACUGAGUGGCAGUACUUAGCAAAACCAGGAAGAUAUCUGUACACCGAGUGGGAAGCACACAACUAGUCUGCUCUACACAUUUCACAUCAAUCGAGUUUUUCGAAUAACAGUAAAGGAGUUUCUGUGAAAUCGACGCCAUGGACCCCGCCGGCCAAGAUAUCAACCUGAACUCUCCUAACAAGGGUCUUGGUGUGGAUCGUUCAGGCAACCUAUCUGACGUGCCAGUGGAGGGAGCAGUGGGGAACUCUGCUGACCCUCUUCCACCAGGCCUGACGGAGGAAGAGGCUGAGGAGCUCCGCAAUGAGCUCAUAAAGGUGGAGGAGGAGGUCAGCACUCUGCGUCAGGUUUUGUCAGCCAAAGAGAGGCAUUGCGCAGAGCUGAAGAGGAAACUUGGCCAUAGCCCCCUCGACGAUCUCAAACAGAACUUCACUAAGAGCUGGCAGAAUGUACAGACCUCCAACACCUAUGUGAGAACCUCUGAGAAACUGGGCGAGUGGAAUGAGAGAGUUACCAGUUCAGAUCUGUGGCCUCUUUCUGCAUGGCUAGUGUGGGAAAAUGAGCAAAAGAUUUGUUUGAAAUUUGUCUAGAGAAUAAAGUCAGCU